AGUUUGUGUGAAAGAUCACAACACAAGGAUAGCCAUGUUAUUCAUAACAUUAAGGAUGCAAUCACGUAAAGAGAAAACCCGCUACUCCACUAAACUAAACGGUCCUAUUGUCACGAAGUUGGAAAACUAGAGGGCACUAGUGAAGACUCCUCCGGUACAUAGCAGAACAGGCUGGUGGAAAGUGUUAAAGUUACACAAUGGAUAAUUCUGUUAUAAAGCGUAUAAGAAAUCGUGAAAGUAAUAGCUUUCGUGCACAUAAGUUUUGUAACGACAACCAUGUUAAUGAAGACAUGUUGCAUCGACUCCAACUUGAAAAGGAAUUGGUUGGCCACUCUGGCUGUGUUAACUGUUUGGAGUGGAAUGAAAGUGGUUCAAUAUUGGUGAGUGGCUCGGACGAUACAAAUAUUAUUUUAUGGGAUCCUUCCACACGUACACCAAUAAAAACCUACGCAAGUACCCAUCAUGGAAAUAUAUUCUCUGUCAAGUUCCUACCGAAAACAAACGACCACUUCGUUGCGACAGGGGCAGCAGAUAACCAUGUUUUUGUACACGACAUUGAACGAGGGGAAAAAAUUCAUGGACAUCGUUGUGAUGGGCGUGUUAAAAGGCUAGUUGUUACACCUGAUCAUCCAAACAUUAUCUGGAGUGUUUCUGAGGAUGGUGCGAUUCGACAGUUUGAUAUGCGUCAAGAGCCAUUUGCUAUUACUCGUGUUCUGCUAGAUUUAUCCGCAAUGUGUGGUCCAAGUGCAGAGGGAAAAUGUCUUGCCAUCAACCCCACGCAAACAGACUAUCUGGCGCUUGGUGCGAAUGACCAAUAUGUCCGUUUAUACGACAGGAGAAUGAUUAAACCAAAGUUCAGCAAGAAAAAGAGAAGACAUGACUACGAUGGGUGUGCAACUUAUUUCACUCCUGCUCAUUUGCAUCAUGAGCGUCCAGAAUUAAAGCGAAGGGGAAAAUAUCUUUGCACAACUUACGUGGCUUUUAAUCCAAAAGGAGAUGAACUGCUUGCCAACUUAGGCGGAGAACAACUGUAUUUAUUUAAUAUUUUCAACAGCGACCAGUCAGUGUAUGACCCAAUCACUGAAACACUUACGCAAAUUAAUAAACAAGACCAAAGUUCAGAGAUACCCAGCGGUAGUGCGAUUGGAUCUAAUGGGAUAUCAUUAACACGCAGUGCCAAACAUAAAACCCAAUCCCAAGAUACAACCCCUCUUCUUCCAACUGUUGAAAAAAUGAAAUUAAAAGCAAAUGAUUUGUUCGCUAACAAGCAGUUUUCUGCUUCUAUAAUGGUUUACAAUGCGGCAAUUAAUCUUGAGCCAGAUAGAGCUGUUUUGUAUGGUAACAGAGCUGCUGCUUACAUAAAGAGAAAUUGGGAUGGUGACAUUUAUGCAGCAUUACGCGAUUGUUAUAAAGCAUUGCUGCUUAAUCCUAACCAUGUAAAAGCAAAUUUCCGUCUUGCAAGGUGUUUGUAUGAGUUAAGAUGGCUUACUGAAGCUCAGAAAUGUUUAAAGGAUUUAAAAAAUAAUUUUCCUGAUUUUCGAAACAGCAGAGCGCUUGCUGUCUUGGAAAAAGAUGUGAAAAAUGCAAUUAAAAAGGAUAAAUCUAGUGAAACCAAUAAAAGACAUGUUAUGAUGGGUGAUGAGUCUUAUUUACGAAGCCUCGCUUUUGAUUACACCAAGCGGUACUGUGGCCAUUGCAAUACAACGACUGACAUUAAAGAGGCAAACUUUUUCGGCAACAACGGGCAGUACAUUGUUGCUGGAUCUGAUGAUGGUUCAUUCUUUGUGUGGGAGCGAGCGACCACAAACCUUGUCCGUGUUAUGCGAGCGGAUGAUUCUAUUGUUAACUGUCUGCAACCUCAUCCGAAUACAUGUAUGCUUGCCACUAGUGGUAUAGACCCAAUUGUUCGGCUUUGGAGCCCUCUUUCUGUUGGAACGGAGGAUAGGACAGUCAAGGAAACAGAGAGUGCAGCGGAGGCAAACCAGAGGAGGAUGAAUGAAGAUCCUCUGGAAGCCAUGUUGCUUUCGAUGGGGAUGAGAACAUCCGGGGAAAGAGAUGAUUCAGGAGAAUCAGUUUCUUGUCGGACAAAUUGACAUGCAAGUACAUAUGCAUUCAUAGUUCCCUGUUAAAGACCUGCUUUUUGUUGUUUUUUUAGUUAAAAUUAUUCAUUUGCUUAGAAACUGUGUGAUGUUUAUGAAUUGUGGAUUUAUGUAAUUCAUUGUCAAUUUGGCUUGUGUACUGUAUACGAAUACUGUUAUGUAAAUAUUGAUUUUAUUUAAAAUCAUUGUAAUAUGAUUGUGACUUGUCGCAUCCAGAUGCUAUUGCAGUGUUGAUGUAGCUAGCGUUAUUGUAGCAAUUUUGUUUCUUUUGUUUUGCCAUGGCUUGUAUUAAUUAUAUACCCCAUGAGUUUUAUUGCUAGGUUAUAUAUAUUCUAAUUUUAAACCAUUUUUUCAUAUAUAAAAAAAGGCGUUAAAUGUCUUUUUGAACUUGCUUUUGUAUAACUCAUUCAAAUUCAUUCUAGAUUUCAGCAAGAAUUAUUACUUGUGUUUGCACUGAUUUUGGUGCCGGCAAUUGGAUAAUAGAAUAUUCAGUGAAGAUUUAAAGUUAAAAAACUGAAAUGCCGGUUGGAAACAUUGGACAUGGGGGAGGCCAACAGAAGCCAUCAUGUUGGAGCACGAUAAAGAUGGGGUUUGGUAUGGGCUUCGCUGUGGGUAUGGGGGCUGGGGUCAUCUUCGGGACUUUUGGGGGGCUAAGGAUGGGGUUACGGGGCCGAGAACUCAUCGGAACAAUUGGAAAGACGAUGGUUCAGAGCGGGGGAACUUUUGGAACAUUUAUGAGCAUUGGGAUGGGGAUGCGAAACUGUGUUUAGAGGAUUUUAAUGAGUUGAUCAUUAUGUUUUGAAGAUUGUAUGUAAAAUAGUUUCAACUUUUGUAAAGAAGAUGAAACUAGCUAUGCAUUCUGUGCCCUGGUUUAUUAAUAAUAUUAUUGUAAUUUCCAUGUUGCCUUUGAUGGAUUUUUUGAAAGAUUGAUAAUUAAGUAAACAGCAAUUCAAUAGUUUUCCAAUGUUAAAAUAACAUUUCAAAAUUUGUUUUUUUUGCAAUGAAC